GGAGGGAGGGAGGGAAGGAGGAGCGGGCGGCCUUCCUUCCAGGACGGGAGCUGGGCCUGCCCUCUCUCCGCCCCGUCCUCCUCCUUCCUUCCUCCCUUCCUGAGCCCGGGGCUGCCCCUCUCCUUCCCUCCUUCGCCAUGAAGCCCGAUGGCAAAGUGGUGCUGCUGGGCGACAUGAACGUGGGCAAGACCUCGCUGCUCCACCGCUACAUGGAGCGCCGCUUCCAGGAGACCGUCAGCACCGUCGGAGGCGCCUUCUACCUCAAGCAGUGGGGCGCCCACAACAUCUCCGUCUGGGACACCGCCGGUCGUGAACAGUUUCAUGGCCUUGGGUCCAUGUACUGCCGAGGAGCAGCAGCUGUCAUCCUUACCUACGAUGUCACGAAUUUGCAGAGCAUGGUGGAACUGGAGGACAGGUUCCUUGCCUUAACAGACACGGCCAAUUCAGACUGCAUCUUUGCUAUUGUCGGGAACAAAGUGGACCUCACAGAUACAUAUGCCUUUCUCCACGAAACAGAGGACAAUAAUCCAUCGGAGAAACCCAACAACAGUGUCAUGUCUACCAAGAUGAAAAAACAAGUUCAUGUAGAUGACGCCAUUGCACUUUAUAAGAAAAUCCUAAAAUACAAAAUGUUGGAUGAGAAGAAUGUCCCAGCUGCAGAAAAAAUGUGCUUCGAAACCAGUGCGAAAACAGGCUAUAAUGUAGAUUGCCUGUUUGAAACUGUAUUUGAGAUGGUGGUGCCAGUAAUUUUGCAGCACAAAGCAGAAGGUUUGCCACAAACUGUUGAUUUAAACAGUUACAAGACAACAAAAAACACACAGUUUGUCUGCUGCAGAUAAAAAAAUGAACGUGAUUGGUCCACACUAAUUUGAAGAGUGUAAUCACUGAAGUUGGUGAAGGCUACAGUGCAAGAAUGUCAAGGUCAAUUAGACAAAUGACAUUUUUUGUAGAAUAGAUCUAUGACACUGAACAGAGACAAAGCUUUAGGUGAUUGGGAACUUGGAGCAUAGUUUGAUUUUUAAGUAAAUCCUCCAUACAUGGUGCCUUAAGACAAGUUCAUUGUGAUUUCUCCCAAUUAAAGGUGUGUUUCUCUUCUG